AUGUUUGAAGCAGUGUUAAGAGAGUUAACUGAGAAAGAAUUGGAGGAAAAGUUCUGCACAAUUGAAAUCCAAGCAGCAUUUAUUCUCUCCUCCUUUGUGACUUUCUUCGGGGGACUCAUCAUCUUAUUCAUUUUCAGAUUAAUCUUGAGAGUCUCAAAAAGAUUUCAAACCAUCAAAUGUACAGGAAUAGUCUUGGAACUGUUCACAUCAGGGAGACUCGAGCUUAACCCUUUAAGAAGACUUCACGCUUAUAGAUUAUUUCGCAAUCGUAUAGAAAUGCUGCUUUCUGCACAGACCUUCGUGGGGCAAAUGUUGGUGAUCCUUGUCUUUGUACUAAGCAUCGGCUCUCUUGUAAUCUAUUUCAUCAAUUCAACAGACCCCAUUGGAACGUGUAUUUCAUACGAAGACAAAACGAUCAAUGUGGAUUUGGGUUUCAAUGCUUUCUUUAGUUUCUAUUUUGGGUUGAGGUUUUGGGCAGCUGACGACAAGAUCAAGUUCUGGUUGGAGAUGAAUUCAAUUGUAGACAUUUUUACCAUCCCACCAACCUUCAUUUCUUAUUAUUUGAAGAGUAAUUGGCUAGGUUUAAGGUUUCUAAGAGCUCUGCGGUUGCUCGAACUCCCUAAAAUCUUACAUAUCCUCCAAGUCAUCAAGAGCAGUAAUUCAGUGAAGCUUUCCAAACUCUUGUCAAUAGUUCUCAGUACCUGGUUCACAGCUGCAGGAUUCCUUCAUCUGGUAGAAAAUUCUGGUGAUCCCUGGCUCAGUGGUAGAAAUUCACAGCAUAUGUCAUAUUUUGAGUCCAUUUAUCUGGUAACAGCAACAAUGUCAACUGUUGGCUUUGGGGAUGUGGUAGCCAAGACAUCCCUAGGACGGACUUUCAUUGUUUUCUUCACCCUUGGAAGUCUGAUACUAUUUGCAAACUACAUCCCAGAAAUGGUGGAGCUUCUUAAUAACAAGAAGAAGUAUACCAAGCCCUAUGAAGCAGUCAAAGGAAAGAAGUUCAUUGUGGUCUGUGGAAACAUCACGGUUGACAGUGUGACUGCCUUUCUGAGGAACUUUCUCCGCCAUAAGUCAGGAGUAAUCAACACGGAGGUUGUGUUCCUCGGAGAGGCUCCCCCAUCCUUGGAACUGGAGACUUUACUGAAGUGCUACUUGUCCUGUACAACGUUUGUAUGUGGCUCUGCACUGAAGUUCGAGGAUCUGAAGCGAGUUGCAGUGGAGUCUGCAGAAGCUUGCCUGAUUCUAGCCAACCCUUUGUGCAGUGACUUGCAUGCUGAAGACAACUCAAACAUCAUGAGGGUGCUUUCUAUCAAGAAUUACAAUUCCCAGGUCAGAGUCAUCAUUCAGAUCCUUCAGUCCCACAACAAGGUUUUCCUGUCAAAAAUCCCCACCUGGAACUGGAGUGCUGGAGACAAUAUCAUCUGCUUUGCAGAACUAAAGCUUGGAUUUAUGGCCCAAGGCUGUGCGGUGCCAGGCCUGUGCACCUUUCUUACGACUCUGUUUAUUGAACAAAACCAAAAGGUUUUUCCUAAACAUCCCUGGCAAAAAUAUUUCUUGAAUAGCUUGAAGAACAAAAUUGUGACACAGCACCUCUCUGAUGACUUCGUUGGGAUGACAUUUCCUGAGGUCUCCCGGCUUUGCUUUGUGAAGAUGCAUCUCAUGCUGAUCGCCAUCCAGCACAAGUCCCUCUUCCACAAUUGUUGUAGUCUUUUGCUAAACCCCUCAGCGCACGUGAAGCUGAAUAAGGAUACCCUCGGGUUCUUUAUUGCCGAAUCCUCAAAAGUUGUCAAAAGGGCUUUCUUUUAUUGUUCCACCUGUCACUAUGAUGUGCACAGCCCUGAGCUAAUCGAACAGUGUGUCUGCAAAAACAGGAGCCAGGAACAACUCACAGCACCAGACAUCGUGGUGAUGAAAAGCAGCAGUAAAACCACCAGCAGUUCAGAAAAUCAGGAUCUUAUUUCAGGAGAACGGGAGAGCUCGCUCACCAUCGCAAUUCUUAAGAAUAGGAAUACAAUAAGUGACACAGUGAAUGACUCUGAGCAGCUGGACAGCAGUGGCUUGUUUCACUGGUGCAAAUCAAUGCCCUUGGACAAGGUGAAUCUGAAACGAACUGACAAGCCAAAACAUGAGUUUCAGAACCACAUUGUAGCAUGUGUAUUUGGAGAUGCCCACUCAGCCCUGGUGGGGCUUCGGAAUUUUGUGAUGCCUCUGAGAGCCAGCAAUUAUACCCGGCGGGAGCUGAAGGACAUUGUGUUUAUCGGGGCUCUGGAAUAUUUACAGAGAGAAUGGCGAUUUCUCCGGAACUUUCCCCAGAUAUAUAUCAUGCCUGGAUCUGCACUCUACACUGGAGAUCUGCAUGCAGUCAACAUAGAGAGGUGCUCUAUGUGUGCUAUCUUAGCCUCCCCAUCUAAGCCACUGAGCAGCCAGAUUCUGGUGGAUACUGAGACUAUCAUGGCCACCCUCAACAUCCAAUCCCUUCGGGUCAGCUACCCUACCCAGACGACUUCAGUGCCAGACACAAAGACUGCAUUUACUUUUGAUAAAUAUGAGGGAAGCAGUUACGAGAGGAUCCCCAUUCUCACUGAACUGAAGAACCCCUCCAACAUCCACUUUAUAGAGCAGCUUGGUGGACUGGAUGGGACAGUCAAAGGAACGAGCCUGCAUCUCAGCACUUCCUUCUCCACGGGUGCUGUCUUUUCAGGCAACUUCUUGGAUUCUCUUCUGGCCACGGCCUUCUACAACUGUCAUGUCCUGGAAUUACUUCACAUGCUAGUAACAGGAGGUAUCAGCGCUCAGAUGGAACAGUGUUUGGCUAAGGAGAAGUACUAUGGGAUACAUGAAGGCUGUGCCACAGUUGUGUCUGGGAGGGCACGGUGUAAGCUGGGGCUUCUCUCUUUAGACCAAACCAUUUUAUCAGACAUUGAGCCAAGAGAAACCUUUGGACAACUCUUCUGUGGCUCAUUAGAUAAUUAUGGGAUCCUAUGUGUUGGCUUAUACCGUAUGAUGGAUGAGGAGGAACACAACCCAGAACACAGAAGGGAAGUAUGCUGAUUUGAAAAGUUUGUAAUUACCAGACCAGCUAAUGAGUGCCACUUACUGCCUUCAGAUCUCGUGUUUUGCGCCAUUCCGUUUAACACCACCUGUUAUAAAACAGAAAAUGUUUCUUCAACCCAGAUUCUCGAUUGCAUUACCAAUGAAACGUCAGUGGCCCCAGAGAAGCAUCCAAGCACACAGCAUCUUUCCAAAGUCAGCGCAGGGGUAGAGAAAACAUCUCUGCACUCUAACUCCCGAGUCUAUCCUUUAGAGCCAUUUGCUGCCAGUGAUUUUAAUCAAGGAAGAUAAGAACAGAAGUGUGCUGUUUUUGUGCCCAUUGCUGAGUGGUUGACGAGUAGGAAAUCCCACACUGCUGUGGAACAGACCGUUUUAUCACACUGGAUCUGGUGUGAUGAAUAAAGAUGCACAUGUCAAACGGUAAUAAAGCAAAGUCCACUGCUCUCUCUCCCUUGAGCAAGACAUGGGUUCCUUUGAGCUGGAUUAAGAAGUCCUCCCCAUGGUGAUAGGAACCAGAACUAUUUUGUCUAUGAAUAAGAUCUAGGUACGUGCCUGGGAGAAGGCAUCUGUUUAUUAAAACAAGUAUUAGGGGUAUUUUGGGACCAUGCUGAAGCAGGGAAUCUGCAGUACCUGCAUCCACCUACAGGAUCCUUUGAGUCAUUUCCUCCACCCCACUCCAUAACCACCAGACAUCCCACAUCCUCCUCCUGG